AUGGGAGAAGAAGAAGAUGACCAUGAACAAACUGGCCAUCAUGGCAAGUGUUCCAAUGUUGCGGAGAAAGAUACACACGAUAAACCAAAAUACAAACGGCAAGAGUUCAUGAGGCCAAAAUAUGGUGCGGUGAAUUUCGACGUAAUUGAUGCAGUAAAUGCGAGGUUAGCGGCUGCAAGUGGUGCUACCAAUAAUGACCUAUUCAGCAAAAUGCGCAUUGAGACAUCACUUGAGAACGAGGAGAAAAAAAUUGUUGAUGUUGAGGUUCGCAUUUUUCUGUUUUCGGAAUCCGCUUAA